UCUUAUCUUUCAAAAACACGCCAACCCCGGCAAUCCUCGCCUUUGGCCUAGUUUCGUGGCAUGGCUCUGCUCCCAGGGUUCCGCCAUUUCAUCGCCCAUUUUUACAGAACCACACCACCAAUGGCUUUUCUCUUUACCCAUUUCUCUACCCCUAUUUCUAGACCAUCCUCUAUAUAUUCCAUAUCCAAAACCUCUAACCAUGUUCUCUCAAAAUCCCUGAUCAAGUCUCACUCUACUGGGAAAGAGAAUACGUUCGUUCUUGCUCCAGAUGAGCGCUUGGGGGAUUCGCAUGCCGGGACUGAGCGUGAACAAAUUGACAAUUCAAGCACAAUUGCUGCCAUUGUGACAUCCAUUGGGGGUCCCCCUGCUGCUGUGGGGAUUGUGCGUUUAUCGGGUCCUCGUGCUGUAAAUAUCGUUGGGACUUUAUUUUUCCCUGCCGCCAAAAAGAAGGGGAAAAAUUUGAGCCUGCACCCAUGGAGACCCACCAGCCAUGUCGUGGAGUACGGUGUGGUAUUGGACCAACAGGGCGAUGUAAUUGAUGAAGUUUUGACAGUGCCAAUGUUGGCCCCAAGAUCUUAUACUCGUGAAGAUGUGAUCGAGCUUCAGUGUCACGGGAGUGAAGUAUGUCUCCGUCGUGUGCUAAAAGCUUGUUUAGAAGCUGGAGCUCGGCUUGCAGAACCAGGUGAGUUUACUCUUCGUGCCUUCUUAAAUGGACGCUUAGACCUUUCACAAGCAGAAAAUGUUGGGAAAUUAAUUUCAGCCAAGUCUACAGCUGCUGCCGAUGCUGCACUGGCUGGAAUUCAGGGUGGCUUCUCUUCCUUAGUCAAAUCGCUAAGAACACAAUGUAUCGAAUUACUCACUGAAAUUGAGGCUCGUCUAGACUUUGAUGAUGAGAUGCCACCGUUGGAUUUGAACAUUGUAAUGGAAAAAGUGCAUGCCAUGUCACAGGAAGUAGAGACUGCUCUUGAGACAGCCAAUUAUGACAAGCUUCUUCAAUCUGGAAUACAGAUAGCAAUUGUUGGCCGCCCUAAUGUUGGGAAGUCGAGCCUUCUUAAUGCAUGGAGCAAAAGCGAGAGGGCAAUAGUUACAGAAAUUGCUGGAACUACCAGGGAUGUAAUUGAAGCAAAUGUUACCGUUUCUGGUAUUCCUGUGACUCUUCUUGACACAGCUGGAAUUAGGGAAACAGAUGACAUCGUAGAAAAGAUUGGUGUCGAGAGAUCUGAAGCUGCUGCUCUUGGAGCAGAUGUCAUUAUUAUGGCAAUAAGUGCCCUCGAUGGAUGGACUGCCGAAGAUACCAUACUUCUCAAUAGGAUACUUUCAAAAAAGAAAUCAGAUGAAUCAUGCACUCCUAUACUUCUUGUCAUAAACAAGAUAGACUGUGCUCCAUCUCCAAAGAUGGAUGCAAUGAGUAUAAAUCGUGAUUCUUUCAGUAAACAAGUUUUUACAUGUGCUGUCACUGGACAAGGAAUACAGAAUCUGGAGAUGGCAAUAUCAGAGCUGGUGGGACUCAACAAAACUCUUGCAAGUGGCCGUAGAUGGACGGUAAACCAGAGACAAUGCGUGCAGCUUCUUAGAACCAAGGAGGCAUUUACAAGAUUGAAAUCAUCCAUUGAAGACGAGUUGCCCCCUGACUUUUGGACAGUGGAUUUGAGGGAUGCUGUAUUAGCUCUUGGGGAAAUUUGUGGUGAGGAUAUCUCUGAAGAGAUUUUGUCCAAUAUUUUUGGCAAGUUCUGUAUUGGUAAGUAGAUAGUAUCAUCAAUGUAUGUUUGAUCUCAUAUUAUUUACAUUUCUAGCCAUGGCUCCCUCAAGUCUUUUUCGGGGGAUUACGCCAUUUUGGUCACUCAACUUUUGGAGGUUUUUUCUUUGGGCAUUUCCCAAUAUAGUCAAAUGAACUAAAAUAUUUUACAAAGUAUAACAAAAUUUUAUUGAUAGACAUUGAUAACCAA